AUUUAAAACAGUACGAAAUAACAUUAAUAAUGUUAUUUCAAAUAUAUUUUUUGGGUAUUUCAAUGAAUGUUAUAUUUUCUGGGUUGUUAUUAUAUAGUUACUCGAUGGAAUUGUUAAUCGCUCGAAUAGAACACCUUAAUAAUGUAAUCGAUAAUAUACAUUUGAACAGAAAUAAGAAGAGAAAUUUUAAAAUUCUGCGACCGAUUUUCUUAUAUCAUCAAGAUAUUUUCAGAAUGUUUGACUGUGUUAAGGGAUUCUUUGUCAGUUAUAUCGUGCCUACAAAAGUUUGCGUUAUAGUUUGUUUAACUAUGUGUACUACUGAAUUUGUUCUGGAAAAGAAUUUAAUAAGUUGCUGGAUGAUUAUUAUGUACUUCUUAACGUUAUUUUUCUUCCAUACUAUUGGACAAAGAUUUAUCACAGCGGUGGGUAGUGUUAACGAUGCAGUUUGUAAUUUAAAUUGGUUCGAUUCGGAUGUUUCAACACGUAAAGAUGUUUUAUUGUUGUUGUGUAUGAGCCAACAUACAGUCGCCAUGGAAGUCCCAUUGUUCGGCAAAUUAUCACAUACCGCAGCAGCUAAGGAAUACAAAAUGGUUUAUGGUUUCUGCAAUUGGAUUUUAACCGUAAUGAAACAACGAAUCGCUUAAAAUUUAUUAAUCUUAUAAGAUCUAAAGUACAUAUUUAUGGUACAAAUGUUAAUAGUG